AUGAUAAAUGCCUACAGGUAUAUAUCGCAGAAGAAGAAAGAUCCCGGGUCUCCAGCUUCGAAGCGACCUUGUGCUCAUCGCUCGCAAUGGUAUCAACUUGACUCCACGAACGGCGAAGACUCAAGAUCUGUCGAAAGGCCCUUGAGUGGCUCGAUACAAGAAUUGAACCCCGCUACAGAUGAUGAGGAAUGCAGUCUCUGCAAGGAUCAGAAACACAAUGCACGAGUGUACCGGGCUAAGCUCAUCGCUGGCCUCACUCUGCCGUUCAUUCUAUCCACGUUGGAUCUGACCAUCGUUGCUACUGCGACAUCAUCUAUUGCAUCUCAUUUCAAUCAAUUCGAUGAGUUAAAUUGGAUCGUCACCGCUUUCAGUCUGACAUCAACCACCUUUAUUCCUAUAUUUGGUCAGCUUGCCGAUGUCUUCGGACGGCAUCUUGUCCUGCAGACGGCGUUGUUCUUCAUGCUUAUUGGGAGUGUUCUGUGCGCUGCUGCACAAACCUGGGGUAUGCUGCUGCUGGGUCGGGCCUUGCAGGGUGUAGGCUCUGCAGGACUGAGCAAUCUCAUUAUGAUUAUCCUUGCGGAUAAAGUGUCAUUGAAGGAGAAUGCAAGGAAUAAGUCUCUAUUUUCUUUGGUUGGAGGAGUGGGAUAUGCCGUGGGGCCGAUUGUCGGAGGGUAUCUUACUGAUACUAAUUGGCGAUAUUGCUUCGUCGUGCCUAUACCGAUCGCUGUCAUUAGCCACGUUUUGAUCUUCGUGCUGCUGCGAAACGACCUUGUUGAAGGCACCAUGUUCAGAAAGGGCUCGAGAUGGUCUUCUGUACUCCCGGCUCUUGCCACCGUCGACAUUGGAGGGUCGAUCCUCUUCAUCUUCGGCGUUGGCCUCAUCAUUCUGGCCGUUACAUGGGGUGGUGCCACAUACUCCUGGUCGGCUACGCAAGUUCUGGCACCAUUGAUUGUCGGCGCAAUCUGCUUCAUUGCGUUCUUCGUGUAUGAGUACCUGCUCGAGCCGGGCAGACUGUUUGCGCGCAUCUUCCCGAAACAUGUGGCGACACUGCCAUACAGCCUAUUCAAACGAAGGGACACAAUCUGGCUUGCGAUAUUGAACUUUGCCACUGGCGCAGCAGGCUACUCCACCUCAAAGGCGGGCCUUGAAUUGCUAUACUAUAUUCCCGGAUUAGGAGCUGGCGUCUAUCUCGCCGUAUACAUGUGCAACGCUUUUCCACGACAGACCUUCUUCACCCUCAACUUCGGAACAGUACUUACCACCGUCGGCCUAUCCGUGGUGACCUACGCCAUCAGUGCACAGAACACCAGUCUCCUGAGUGGAAUGAUGGUCAUCACCGGUGCGGGCGUUGGUCUCCGCUUGAUGCCAGCAUCACUUCACACUGCGGGCGUCUGGCCGGAGCGGAUAGCAUCAGCGAUGUCCUUGAUGCAGGUUGCACUCCCCUUCGGAGGCACCCUCGGCUUGACCAUCAUGACCAGCGUGUUCAACAACAAGUUCGGCGAUUCCGCUGUAAUGAAGAGCCUGGAUAACGCAGACAGCACCCUGGAUGUACACGAUACCAACUCCUUGUCUUUCUUCGACGAUCUCCCAGCAGCCGCACAAGAAGGUGUCCGGAUUGCCGGCAAGCAUGCCAUAAUGUGGGCGUUUAUCUCCAUCCUACCCAUCAUUGGAGUGAGUCUGAUCGCAUCGGCAAUCCUGGGGAACGUGUGGGUGAAUGUCAAAGCGAAGAGGGACAAGGAAGGCCAGAUCGAGGCAGCCGAAGGAGAAGAAGGACACAGUGAAGUCAUCUACGUCCCUUACCUAUGGGCUCUUGCCAAGGGAACCAUAACCACCCACAAACGCACCAGCAAGCCCGUUUCCAGCAACACCUAAACCACCCCCACCUCUCAUAUACCCCCGAACACAAUGCCCAGCAUACCAUACCAUACCAUAGAGCACAAUAGAACAAACCAUAAUACCAAGCCAACCAAAAACCCAUAAAUAAUAAAUACACACCCAUAAUUACACAUCCC